AUGACACGGUGUCGUAUUGCAGCCAAAUGGCAAAGCUCUGUUGAGAGCUUCUUCGACGUCAAUUUCGAACAAACCGGAUGCGUCAGAACCCAAAUCAGCGCCGUCGGAGCAGAAGAUGACCCGGAAGACCGCCGCUGCUUCCGCGACGAAUUCCGUCUCGCGCCGCCGAAACUGGGAGUGAUCUUCGUGAUCUCUGCUCUCCUCUGCUCACUCUAUCUCUACCUCCUCUGUUUCCACUACAAGGUUGAUAGCGAGCUCAAGCGCUCGAUCCUCAUCAAUGCUGGGCUUAGCUUGUUUGGGUUCUUCGUCACACUCAAGAUGAUUCCUGUAGCUGCCAGAUACGUUCUCAGGCGUAACAUGUUUGGUUUCGAUAUCAACAAAAGAGGAACGCCUCAAGGAGAAAUCAAAGUGCCUGAAUCGUUGGGGAUUGUUGUUGGUUGGCUUGUGGAGUAUAAUGCAGCACUAGCGUCCAUUUGCUUCAUGAUUUUGCUUGGAUUUGUUGAUGAUGUCCUUGAUGUUCCAUGGAGAGUGAAACUUGUGCUGCCAUCUUUCGCUACGCUUCCACUGCUGAUGGCUUAUGCUGGACAUACAACUAUUGUCGUACCGAAACCUCUAGUUGCUUAUAUUGGCUUGGAAGUGCUUGAUCUAGGAAGGAUAUAUAAGUUGUAUAUGGGGUUACUUGCCGUCUUUUGCACAAACUCUAUAAACAUUCACGCUGGUCUAAAUGGUCUUGAGAUUGGUCAAACAGUUGUUACUGCGGCUGCUAUCCUGAUACAUAACGUUAUGCAAAUUGGAGCAACUGUUGAUCCUGAGUAUCAUCAAGCUCAUGCCUUUUCGAUAUUUCUUACGCAACCGCUGAUGGCAACGUCCUUGGCAUUGCUUGCUUACAACUGGUAUCCUUCUUCAGUUUUUGUUGGUGACACUUACACAGUUUUUGCUGGAAUGACUAUGGCAGUUGUUGGCAUUUUGGGCCACUUCAGUGAGACCCUUCUCAUCUUCUUUCUUCCUCAAGUUCUGAACUUUCUAUUGUCACUUCCUCAGCUUGCUGGCAUUGUGAAAUGUCCGCGCCAUCGUCUCCCAAGGUUUGAUCCUGCAACCGGAUUACUGACCGGAACAAAAGAUGGGACACUCGUCAACGUUUACUUGAGGUUGUUUGGUCCUAGAUCAGAAAAGUCUCUUUGUGUCCAUCUUCUUGUUUUCCAGGCUCUAGCGUGUGCCUUCUGUUUCAUACUUCGGCAUUUUCUUGCUGGUUGGUACAAAUAA